AUGUUGCGCAACUCUUGCAGCAACAUCGAUGUCGGAAGAGCUCCGAGGGAGAUUCGGCGCAGCUCCGAGGCAUCCGGCCCGAAGGCCCCUUUCAGCGACGAUUACCCUCGAGAGCCAGUGACCAAUUUCCAGCCGCUGGCGCCCGCGGCUGCUACGCCGGUCCGUGCGCCAGGGCCCGCGGCUGCUACGCCGGCGCAGGUGCAACGGGCAAGGACUCUCAGCCCUGGCCCCAUCGUCGUUUCUUCAGGCUCUUACUGCGCGCCUGCACCGAAAUGGCCUGGCGGUAUACAGAGGACCCUUGGGCAGCCACGCUCCUUGGUGGUGCCUGUCUACAGAAGAGAGGCUUCUCGUGAACCUUCGAAUGUCUUAUCCAAUUGGGGUGGUUGCCCUCUGCCACCAUCUCUUCCGGCACCACCUCCAAGUCUUCAUCAUGUGAGCCCUGUGAAGUUGCGUCCAGCAGACGCAUUGCCACGGUGUUCUUCACCGCACCUUCAGGUGCCUCAGUGGCUCAACGGUGUACCUAUGGUGCCUCAAUGCAAAUCCGCGGCUUCUCCACCUGGGUCAGCUGCCGUGCCAGUGCAACGAUUCAGGAGCUUUGGUCGCCUCUCGACCAGCACGUCUCCGCGGGAUCUCCACGUGCAGGUGCAUCGUACCUAUUCAUCUCCAAGAUCACAGACCUACACCAGCAGGCUUGUGCCGCUGACAUCGGCUUCGCCCCGCACCUCCGAUGUUGAGGUUCGCACCAUCACAGGUGUCAGUGCUGCAACGCGAUCGCAACGGUGGCAGGGCCAUGUACAGUCCACAGUCGGCCGCAUUAGUGGCAGGAGCUCCUAUGGCAGUCAGUAUUCUUGCCCUCGGAUGUCCAGGAGUCCGGACGCUUCGAAGGAGGACUCGACCUUCGAGGAUGUUCGAAGUCCCUUGGGUCUUGGAAAACCCGUAGUGUCUCAGGGCCCGCCAGCAACCCUCAGUGAUGGCUUUGUGUUGAAGAAGGAUGGUGGUGCCCUCUCAUCCUCUACCAUGGCUCCAGACGAGGCAUCCUUCCGCAGCGACGAGGCGAACCUCCGCACGCCGGAGGUCCGCAUGCCCAUCACGAUGCCCACCGAGCCGGUCACCCUUCGCCCUCGCCAGGAGGAUCUGCGGUUGAUGGAAAGCACCUGGCAACCGAAGCGUGAAGCUCGUGAGGCACAGAUCGAAGAGGCACGAACACCAGAAGGGGUGACCACCAAGCACCCUCCAAGGCGCCCGGUCAAGGCACCCAGACUCUCCAGAAACGACCGACGGCUGUCCGUCAAGGAUGAGCGGCUCUGCUCUGAACCGGGGCGCCAGUCGCGCUGUUCGUCCAAGAUCGAGGCGAAUGAGCCAGGUGGUACGGUUGCUUCCCUUUCUGCAACACCUCAAAGGAAGGCAGAAACCUUCGAGGUGCCGGCGACCUCGCCCAGUGAAACGAGGUCGUCGCUCGCACCGCGUCCUGCACAGCUACAGGACCCUGCGAGCUCUGGCAGCCUCUGCUGCUGGGCCUUGAAGUCACUGGAUGAGGCGAGCGAAGAGGUCGGGAAGGAGCGCGGCGCUCUCUGCGGUCCCCGCGAGCGCGGCGCCAUGUCUCAGGGCCAGGCCGCUCAGAUUUGUGCGACGCAGUCCUUGGAAGAGCUUUCUGGUGCCUUGGCUUAA